AUGUGUUCAAGAAGGAAUUCUCUCUGCAGACCACUCCUCCCUUAUUUCAACUAUUUUCCUUCCACCGACGUAUCAUGGGAAGAACAAGCCUUCGCAAAAGACUCAUCCGGCGACUUGGGUGGCUGUGUGUGGCCGCCGAGAUCCUACGCUUGUAGCUUCUGCCGGCGAGAAUUCCGAUCAGCUCAAGCUCUUGGAGGCCACAUGAACGUGCACAGAAGGGAUAGGGCAAGGUUGAAGGAGGCUUCAAGUCAUAGAAGUGAAACCGAUGAAGAUGUUCAACCUUUUUAUCCAUUUUGCUCUUAUAUAUACAGCCCUAACCCUAAUUAUGAUGCUCUUGGGGUUGAAGUAGCUUCCUUUUUAUUGGCAAAAGAAGAAAUUUAUAGCCAGCAAAGCAUAGUUUCAGUAAGCUUGGAGAUUGGAAGAGAGAAUUGGAAAACAGGCGAGUUGGAUCACAGGAGGAUAAGAGAUUUUGUUUAUGGUGAUUGUGAUAUCUCUAGUAAGAAGGUGAAGACUGAUCUAAUAUUGACUUCGGAUAGAAAGGACACUCCAAAUAAUCUGCAAAAUUUCAAAUCUGAGGUAAUAAAACUUAGCCAUAAUCCAGUUGAAGAAUUGGAUCUUGAGCUUAGGCUUGGUGAUUCACCAAAGGUUAAGGAGAGUCGUAGCAUCAUUGCGAUUGAAUAG